GGCGGCGUGUGCGCAGGCUGCAGACUCCGGGCUAUAUAAACCCCCGAGGGGAGGCGCACGGGCACCGACACCACGUCCUCACCGGUCCACAGCUGAAAUGCAGCCAGACGCAGCCAAAUUACCGCUGGCGCACAGAACACCGUUUUCCGUGGAGGAUAUUUUGGACCCCACAAAAUUUACCAGGAAACUAUUCCGUUCUGAUGACGCUGCAGCUAAAGGAGAGUCUAUGAAACGAGAUGAACCCAGAGAGAAGCUGCGGCCCCCGGCAGGCGAAGGCUGCGGGCCGGAGGAGUCUGACGGGUCAAAGGCCAAAAGGAACCGACGCGUCCGCACCGCCUUCUCCCUGGAGCAGCUGCACCUCCUGGAGCGCAGCUUCCACCGGUGCCACUACCUGUCCGUGCUGGAGCGACACACCGUCGCCGCGGCCCUCCGCCUCUCCGAGACGCAGGUCAAGAUCUGGUUUCAGAACAGACGCACCAAGUGGAAGAAGGAGCGGCCGCGGGGGAGUGAGCCGGAGGAUGCGCGCGCCUUCGCGUCGCCCUUCGCCGCGCACGCCGCCGUCUGCGCCUGUCCGAGCUGCGGGCCGCUCCACUGCCGGCAGCGCGCGCUGCUCCAGCUUCCUGUGCCGCUGCCGCUGCCGCUGCGGUCCCACCGCCUCUACUACAUGUAGCUCCAUGAUGCGUAAAUCUGUGCCGAGGGACUGAGCACGACGGACCGACACGGAGCAGCUCCAAACAAAGUGGCACUAUUAGGAGAGCUGAAUAAGAAAUGUUAAAUAUUUUGUACUGUAAUUAUACUAUAAGUUAUUUUGAUAAAC